AAAGAAUACCAAAUCCUUAAGCCCUCCAAAAACCCCCCCGAAAAGCCAAGAACACAAUUCAUCAAUUCCAACGAAAAUUUGACAGUUCAAUCACACAUGCUACCAUUUUUUCUACAAUUCCAUUGAAACUAUAGAUAAUACACCAAUACAGGGAGGAGAGAAGAGAAAUGACCCUCCUGUUCCUCGCUUCGAAACUCCCCUUUUCUGGAGUAAAGGAGCAGCCAAACGCAUGUGGGUUUUGGCGAACUAGUCAUAAAGUCGAUAACUUUAGUAUGACUGUGAGUUUGGCCAAGAGCAAGAGUAGGAAGGUGUUAAUUAGAGCUGGGCCGAAGAGGAUAUGCCAUGGUAGGGAGUGUAGAGAGGCUUUGUUGAAUGGAAUCAAUAAGCUUGCUGACGCCGUUUCUGUUACCAUAGGACCCAGAGGGCGUAAUGUUGUUCUCUCAGAAUCUGAUAAACUUAAAGUAAUAAAUGAUGGUGUCACAAUUGCUCGGGCCAUUGAACUUUCUGAUGCAAUUGAGAAUGCUGGGGCGAUGCUGAUCCAAGAGGUUGCGACGAAAAUGAAUGAUUCUGCCGGGGAUGGCACAACAACUGCAAUUAUCUUAGCUCGUGAAAUGAUCCAAUCUGGAUUGCUAACUACUUCUUUUGGGGCUAACCCUGCAUCUUUAAGGAAAGGAAUGGAGAUGACAGUGAAAGAAUUGAUCAAAAUUUUGAAAGAAAAAAGCUGCCCUGUACAAGGAAGGGAUGAUAUUCAAGCUGUUGCUUCAGUAUCUGCUGGAAACGAUGAAUACAUUGGACAAAUUAUUGCUGAAGCUAUAGAAAAGAUUGGUCCCGAUGGAGUGAUUUCCAUUGAAUCAUCCCCAACAUCUGAAACAUCUGUUAUAGUUGAAGAAGGAAUGAAGAUAGACAAGGGGUACAUGUCUCCGCACUUUAUCACAAAUGCAGAUAAAUCUAUUGUGGAGUUUGAAAAUGCUAAAGUCAUGGUUACUGAUCAAAAGAUAACCAGUGUCAAAGAGAUCGUACCUAUGCUUGAAAAGGUCACCCAAUUGAGUGUCCCAUUGCUUAUAUUUGCUGAAGAUAUCUCAAGGGUGGUUCUGGAAUUGCUAGUUGUGAAUAAAAGUCAGGGGAUGCUUAAUGUUGCUGUUGUAAAAUGCCCAGGAUUUGGAGAUGGGAAGAAAGCUUUGUUACAGGAUAUUGCGCUUAUGACAGGUGCUGAUUUUCUCUGUGGUGAUUUGGGGCUCACUCUUGAUGGUGCUACUUCUGAUCAGCUUGGCAUUGCGCGAAAAGUAACUAUAACAAGCAAUUCAACAACUAUAAUUGCUGACCCAUCAACUAAGGCUGAAAUACAAGCAAGAAUUAUGCAGAUAAAGAAAGAUCUUUCUGAGACAGAUAGUAGAUAUCUUUCUCAAAAGCUGGCUGAAAGGGUAGCAAAGCUCUGUGGUGGUGUGGCUGUGAUCAAGGUUGGAGCUCACACUGAGCUGGAACUAGAAGAUCGCAAGCUGAGAAUAGAGGACGCAAAGAGUGCCACGUUUGCUGCUGUAAAUGAAGGUAUAGUUCCUGGUGGUGGAGCUACAUUCAUACAUCUUUCUGAAGAAGUGCCCAAGAUCAAAGAGAUGUUUAAUGAUCGAGAUGAACAGCUUGGUGCAGACAUCAUACGAUCGGUAUGGCUGAGUUUUACUCAUUUCCAUAGAGGAUUCUUGUUUAAAAAUUUUUGAUGCUUGGUUCCUUGUUUCUCUGGGUUAAUGAGGUUUAUAGCCUCUCAUAGAGCAGGAAAAAGGUCCUCUUUGGUGGUUAUAACAUUAUUGCUUGGAAGAAUAUGUUGCAAAGGAAAUGAAAAUAUAUUCCAUAUAAAAGAGUAUUCUUGUUUGUGUUUAAUACUUUAGAGAAUGACAGCCAUAUGCCACAGAAUAUGCAUAUAUCGUCUGACAUUUUGUGCCAAAUAUGACUGUCUGUGUAAAGAAACUACCAGAAUUAGUUUUCGACUAUUGGAUUUUUCAGGCGGAUUUUUUGAGCAUCAAUCGCCCGUUCAAAGCUAUCUUCACCAGUUCAGAUUUUCAGCAAAAGAAAAUAAUUAAAAAUUAAAUAAAACAUUUUAGUUUACAUGUUCUGCAAUCAACCCUAAAGUGAUAUUUUUGAUGAGUUUCAGGCACUGCUUGCACCUGCCAAACACAUAGCAGCCAAUGCAGGAGUUGAUGGCACUGUAGUAGUUGAGAAAACUAGGUCAUGUGAUUGGAAUAUUGGGUUCAAUGCAAUGACGGGAAAAUAUGAGGAUCUUCUUGCUGCUGGAGUGGUUGAUCCUUGUCGGAUUUCGAGGUGCGCGCUUCAGAAUGCUGUCUCUGUUGCUGGUUUAGUCCUCAGUACCCAAGCUAUAAUGGUUGAGAAGACAAAGAAGGCCAAACCACUUGUACCCCAAAUUCCUGGUAUAACUCCUUAGUACUCAAUUACUGAACCUACUCUCUAUACACUGAAGGGGGGGUAUAGAGUAACUGCCCUGAUGCUGCAAACCAUAUCAUUAGCUUAGUUUUGUGGCACACUAAAGCUGAAGUCAAAACCGACUAUUAAGAAGAAGCAAUAGAACGAAGACUAGCUACAGUUCCAAGUUACAGACCAUCCGAUGCAUGCACGUGGACAGAAGAGUACGUUAAUGUUCUAAACUCCCCUACAGAGCCCCAAGAUCUGAACUUCAGACCAGGAUAAAAUCAGGUAAGAGUGAAAUGACUAAAGAGAACUUGAUUCAUACCGGAAGGCCCUGAGUCCAAACUUAUAGACACUGAUUUAGGAUAGACAUUCUUGAUUCGUGAUGGUUAGCAAUUGUCCCUACACGACUACAGCAUUUAAGUCGAACUGUGCAGUCGAUUUCAGAUUCUUUGCCACUGACUCAGGGCAUUGUUGUGGCUACCUGGAUCUGAUUAUUGUUUUCCAGGAUCAGUGUUGUUAGCAAUUUUGCCCCAUAAUGGCAAACGAGAUUCUACAGCCUCUUUAUCGAUUAUCACCAAUUAGUUUUGAGUUAGAUGGCCUAACGAUCGUUGUAAUCGUUUUCUAUGAACUGAAUCACCAGGUGCCA